AUGUCACAACAACAGAAAGAUCUGAGUUAUGACUCCUUCCAGGAGUUGGUAUCACAUAAUCUAGCUGAUGUAGAUGUCGAUAAGAACAUGAAGAUAUACAGUUACUUGUCAACACUACACAGUCUGGUCAAACAAUCUACAGUAUAUCAAUCAGAAGGUGAUGAUGAGAAGGCAUACGUACUACUAUUAAGGUUCUGUGUGUUGACAUUGGAGAAACUACCUAAACAUCCAGAGUAUAGUGAUCCAAAGUUUAUAAACUCUGUGAACAAACUGAGGAAUGAUGCAAAGAUAAAGGUUGUACAAUUGGAGGGCAUGAAGGAGGGCUUGACAAAGAGGUACACGAAGCGUACUGAGGCAAGACAGCUGCAGGAACAGAAUAGACUGCGUAAGCAACAGCAGAUGAGAGAUGAGAAGAAGAGGAUUGAGAUGGAGAACAAGGCAAAGGCAGACCAGGAGCAGGCGCUUCGCAAGGAGCAACUGGAGAGACAGCGACUGGAGCAGCAAAAGAAGCGUCUUGAGGAUCAGGACCAGGAGCAGCGCGAGUUCAUCAUGGCUAGGAUGGACACCGAGCGCAAGAUUAGGAAGAAUCGUUUGGAGCAACAGGCGCUUCAGCUGCGAGCCGAGGCAGAGCUUGAGCUCAGGCGUCAACAGGAGCAAGAGCAGAUGGAGACUGAGCAGCGUGAGCUUCUGCACCAGCAGCAGCAACAGAAGCAACAGGAGCUAUUGCUACAGCAACAACAACUGCAGCAACAAGAGCAACUACUUCAGAAGCAGCAACAGGAUCUGCUAAAACAGGAACAGGAGCAACAGUUGCUUAAGUUGCAGAAAGAGCAACAGCAACAGCAACAGCAGCAACAAGAGCAGGACACUGAAGUGUCCAUAACGAUGCCAACGACAUUGCCAAGUCCACCAGUUGCAUCAUUGGACACGGAAGAGCUACUCAGCUACAUGGCCAUCAGUGAGAAGCAGAACACGUCUGCACAACAACAGUUCACACAUUCAAAUGGUAGCAGUUACCUUGUCGAUCCAACAUUUGCCACACCUCCACCCCAGCCAUCUCUGCCUUCACCUCCAUCAAUAUCCUCUGUACAACAACAAACAACAACAUCAACAAUAUCAACAACCAAGAGAACAUCACCUGAGGUCCAGGUUGACGAGAAUCAUAAGUUUGGUUACUUGUCAAUGGAUCAAUUGCAACAACAACAGUCACAACAUCAGCCACCUCCACCAUCAUACCAUCCACAACAACCACAACAACAACAACAUCAACCACAGUACAACAAUCAAUCAUAUGCCAUACCGAACCAGCCUCCUCCUCACCUACAGAGGAAUCAACCACCACCAACCUAUCUGACAAGACCACCUCAGUACAUCCAGCCUGGUGCAGCUUUGCCAGUUCACCAAACACAACCUGUAAAUCAUAUCAAUGGCACACCAAACAACACUCAAUCAUUCCUGGCAAUGGCACAGCAGCAAAAGAAUCAACAGGUCUACCAACAGCAGCAACAGCCACAGUAUGCACAGCAUCAGCAACAACAGCCACAAUACAUGGCGAAUCACUAUCCUGGCGGCGCACAACCUGUAUCACAACAACAACAACAAGUGGCGGCAGCCCAGCAGCCACCAGCUCAGGCAGCUGCACCCAAGCCCAACAUCGAUUCGCCAGAGGCUUCAAAGAAGUACAAUAAGCUACGAAAGGUCAUCAUUGGAGCCGACCUGUUCAACGACUUUAUGAGGAGUGCAGAGCCCAACACAAGUCGCAAGAUUGAGACCUGUGGCAUCUUGUCGGGCACACUUAGCAACGACGUGUUCAAGGUGACCACUCUCAUCAUUCCAAAGCAAGAAGGAACUACCGACACUUGUAAUACGAUCGAGGAGCAUGAGCUAUUCGAAUAUCAAUUGGAGAAUGACUUGUUGACCCUUGGAUGGAUACAUACUCACCCAACUCAAGACUGUUUCCUGUCUGCUGUAGAUGUCCACACUCAUUGUUCAUAUCAAUACCUGUUACAAGAGGCCAUUGCCAUUGUGAUCAGUCCAAUGGCUAAACCAAACUUUGGCAUAUUUAGGUUGACGGAUCCACCUGGCAUGCAGACCGUUCAGAAGUGCAAGCUAAAGUCGUUCCAUCCACAUCCACCAGUGAAUGGUGUGCCGAUAUACACACGAGUCGACCAUGUUGAGAUCGAUUGGAAGAAGCAAUACUCUUGCAAGGUUGUUGACCUGAGGAACAAGAAGUAA